CACACAAAUACCCAUAACACCAUAAAAAUAGUAACAGAGUAAAAAAAAAAAAAAAAACCCUAUUCGUUUCAAAAAUAAUAUUCAUAAACUGAUAUACACAUAUAUAUGCACAUAAAGCUUGGAAGUUUGAGUUAUCUUUGAAUGGUUUGAUGGGAAUGGGACAUGAAAGAACGAAACCUCUUCAUAAUUUCACGUUACCUUGUGGUUUAAAGUGGGGUAAUCAGAAACACUUAAGAUGUGCUAAACUUGAUGGUAGAUCAUCAUCACACUCAAUCCGACGGCCAGAAAUCAACCGCCGGAGAUCUAACGGUGAUGGUAAUGGAAUCGCUGCUGUAAGAGAGAAACUGAUGUUUGAUCUUCAAGAAGAAACCGAUAAGAUGAAACACGCUAUUUUUACAGAUAACCAAGUUCCGGCGCCGCCGCCGGAAGAUUCUAGGCCCUGGAAUUUGAGGACUAGAAGAGCGGCGUGUAAAGCCCCCAUGAAUGGAUCAAAGAUUCCGUCGCCGGAGAUUCUUCCAAGUGAUUCUGUUAGGGUGCCGUUUUCGGUUUCGCUUGGUAGGAAAGAGAUUCAAGAGGAUUUUAUGACAAUGGUUGGACAUAGACCUCCACGUAGACCCAAAAAAAGAGCUAAAUUGGUUCAAAAGAAUUUAGACACGUUAUUUCCAGGGUUGUGGUUAACGGAGAUUACACCGGACUUAUACAAAGUUGCUGAUGAUCAGUAGAUUCAAAAGAUGGGGAGUUGUGUUUUUGUCUGACAAAAGAUGGUAACUUUGACACUGGUACGGUGGAUGACCUUUUUGAUUUUGGGAGUUUGAUGAAACCGUUGAAUUUCCUUUGGUAACAGAAAGGGGGUUUAAGAGGAUAAAAGUUGCUGCGGCAAGGCUAAUUUUGCUUAGAGGUGAUUUGUUCAUAUUUUCUCUCGUUUAUCAUUGAAAUAAGUUUUAACAUAGUUGGAUGUUCGUAGAUCAAAGACGAUUGUUCAUAUAGUGAAAAAAUCUUUAAUCUUUUCAAGUGCAUUUACGUGCUA